AUGGAUGAAAGUGAAACUGUGGCAGAAUAUUUUGACAAGGUGCAGGAGCUGGUUAAUGCUAUGAGGGCAUGUAAAGAUGACAUUACAAACCAGUUGGUUGCUAAAGGAUUUCUACAGAAGGCUGAAGUGGAUUAUGGGGAACUUUUUGCUCAUGUAGCAAGGUGCGAGCUAAUUUCUAAUUUCAAACCCCAAAUGCUAAAGGAGUUUGAGAUAAGUGGUUUGGGAAGGCUUAGCUACUUUCUCGGGAUCAAAUUCAUUGAGACUGGGUGUGAAAUUGUGAUGCAUCAGUCAAUGUAUGUUUUAGACUUGUUAAAGAGGUUUGACAUGCUAAAUUUCAAUGCUGCCAACACCCAAGCAGAACUGGGAUUAAGGUUGGAAAAGGAGCCAGAGGAGGAAGCUGUAGAUCCUACAACUUAUAGGAAAAUUAUUGGAAGCCUGAGAUAUCUCUGUAACACUAGACCAGAUUUGUGUAAGGCGAAGUAUAUAGCUGCCUGCGAAGCUACGUGUCAAGCAUCUUGGUUGGUUUCUUUGAUGGAAGGGUUGAAGGUUGAGUUAGCUGGAAAAGUUAGACUAUUUGUAGACAACAAGUCAACCAUUGAUCUAGCAAAGCAUGCUACAUCCCAUGGGAGGAGUAAGCAUAUGGAAACCAUAUUCCACUAG